AAUGUCCUAAAAAAGAUCCCGCUCGUAGCCCUAGUUCUCAGUUCUUCGUUACUCACUCGAGGAAAGUACACCACAGCUACAUCGUCAUUCGGCUCAUCUAUUUCAAAACCCUAGAAGAUGUCAGGCGGGUUCUUCCGGGGUACUACGGCCGAUCAAGACACUCGUUUCUCAAACAAGCAUGCUAAGCUUCUUAAAUCGCAGAAGUUUCCACCUGAAUUGGAAAAUCUGGUGGACAUGACAAAAGUUAAGAUGGAUGUGAUGCGCCCAUGGAUAGCUCACAGGGUGACUGAACUUCUUGGGUUUGAAGAUGAAGUUCUGAUCAACUUUAUUUAUGGACUUUUAGAGGAGAAGGUAGUUAAUGGGAAAGAGAUUCAAAUUUCACUUACUGGAUUUAUGGAGAAAAAUACAGGGAAAUUUAUGAAGGAGCUUUGGACACAUCUUCUGAGUGCCCAGAAUAAUGCCAGUGGUGUCCCUCAACAGUUCUUGGAUGCCAAGGAGGAAGAAACUCGAAAGAAGCAGGAGGAUACAGAGCGUAUAAUGAGAGAAUUGAAGAGAACAAAAGAGAAAGAAGGGCAUGAGCGGGAGGCUGAACAAGAAAGAGUGAAGAUGGACAGAGAGGUUGCUGCUGCUGCUACGUUGGAGCCCCACUCAAGGAGUCGCACUAAAGAUUCUAGCAAAUGGUCAACUGUAGAUGACAAAGGGACUGAUGAUAGGAAUAAUGGCUCAAAAGCAACACCCAGGAUCACCCGCUCUCCACAUUCACCUCAUCGUUCUCUCUCACCACCUCGAGGUACACGUUCAAGAUCAGUUAGCAAGUCAUUCUCCAAUUCCAGAAGUCAUUCAAUGUCCAGAAGCUUGUCAGCAUCUCCUAAACCUCCAAGGCGUUCGGUUUCUUCUGAAAGGAGGCGUCGAGUUGACUCACGUCUGCAUUCCCCAUCCCCUCCACCACGUCCACGUGGACGCUCGCCUUCACCUGCAAGGCGAAGGCUGCGAUCCCCUGUGAGACGCAGAUCUCGGUCUCCCAUGUGGCGUAGAUCACGUUCACCUAUAAGGCGUAGGUCCCGCACACCCAUCCGGCGAAGGUCCCGCUCUCCGAUCAGGCGCAGGUCACGUUCUCCGAUCAGGCGGAGGUCACGUUCUCCGGUGAGGCGAAGGUCGCGUUCUCCGCUCCGGCGAAGGUCUCCGUCUCCGUUUCAACGCAGGCCGAGAUCUCCUUUCCGUCACGGGUCACAAUCCUCUGCUUCUCCUCCGCCGCGCCAGGUGUCAGUGUCUCCUUCACCGGUUCGGCGGAGGUCCCCGUCUCCUCCUGUAAGGCGGCGAUACCAGAGAGCACCGUCAAUUCCACGUCAUCGGUCUCCUUCGCCAGUUAGGCGUAGGCCAGCUUUUUCCACCCGUCAAAGAUCCCCACCAAGUCCUCGAAGUAUGUCUUCUUCCCCAUCAAGGCAAACUUCUCUUUCCCCUAGACGUGCUACUCCCAUGAAAAGUUUCAGGGGAUCACCAAGGCGCCAACAACAGAGAUCACCUCUACAAUCUCCUAGAGAUGGACACAGAGGUGCUCAGAGAAGUGUUGUUGAUCGUCAAGCUCCACGAAAAGAGACUGCUCCACCUCCUGUUUCAGGAAGGUCUUUGGAAAGAGAUCCAAAGGGCAGGAGAGCUUCUCAUAAUGGAGGGCCAGCUUUAUCUUCUCCACAACAUAGCUCUCCUAUGGGUUCUGUAUCUCCCCCUCCUGCUGCCAGAAGUCCUAGUGUCGAGAGGAGUCCUAUACUUCCAAGGAGACAGAGAGAAACUAUGGAUACCAAGGACCGUAUGGAUAAUGUUGAGGUUGAAGAAAGGACCUUUUCCAGAGUGAAGGAAGAGAAAAAUGCCAAGAACAAAAUUUCUCCUGAAAAGUUAACUAGUCAUCACCGAAAGAGCAAGAAGGAUGAUGUAAGGAGGAUAUACCCCGAUGAAGUUACAGAGGAUCCCCCGCGAAGCCGUAAGGACAUUUUAGCAACUGAAAAAGGGUAUAAAGCUGGUGAUGAUAAUAAGGAAGCAGCAGCAAAGUUGCAAAAAAGUGGGUCAUUGGAUUCUGGUGGUUCGGAUGAAAGUGAUGGUGGAAAGAGAAAACGCAAAAGGUCAAAAAAGAAAGACGCGACAUCAGAUGAUGAUGAUGAUGAUUAUAGUCAUCAUAGUCAUGAUGACUCUCACACAGAAGACAAAAAGGAAGCUAAAAAACGACGCAAAGAGGAGAAACGAUUGAAAAAAGAGGAAAGGCGCAAACGACGCGAGGAACGACGUCGCAGGAAGGCAGAAAAGCAGAAAGGAAGGAAAGCAAGCGGGAAUGUUUCUCCUUCUUCGGAUGAAAAUGAGGAAGACGCUGAUCAGAAGAAACUUGAAAUUGAGUUGAGGGAAAAAGCUCUUGAAUCUCUCAGAGCUAAAAAGGGCAGCAUUGCUGAACGAAAUUCAAGGAUAUUCAUCGUGCUGACUUCCCUUCUGCUAAGUUUGCCGACUUAUGACAUUUGUUUGAUUUGGGCUCUUGGGGAUCAAACCUCCACAAGUUGAAAAUGAGUUGUAGGAGGUGGAGUCAAUUUGAGAGGAGGAUGUUUGUGGUUGAUUAGAGGUUGAGAUAGGGGAAUGGUGAUUAGGUGGAGCCGAUUUUGGAUAGUUUUAUGAUAUGGUCUAGGUGACUGAUUAAUUGAUGACCGGACGCCUUGGCACUCUUCAUCCAUUGUCUCCAUCCGACUGCGAGUCUACAAAUAGAGGAAACAAUUCAAAAGUUUUUAUCGGAAGGAACCAUCGUUGAAGUGGGGGAAGAUGUUUGAGUAGAACAUCAAUCGGGGGAGGACCUUGAAAAACCAAUUGAAAUUUUCAACUUUUUUCUCAAAUAACAGGGCACCUGUUACUCCUAUAGAAUGACAAGUUUCACAUUGAGAAAUCUUGUUUUGAUGAAAAUGGGCUCUCUACCUUGCGAGGAUAGGGGAAAAGUUUCCUAUUUUGUUGUGGGAUUCAAAUACAUGAUAAUAUGUGAAUGGGUACCCUUGUAGUGACAUAAGUUAAUUUAGGUAUUCGCUCCCAAUUUUGAUCACAUAUGUUUAAUGCACUCCUUAAAUUGUGAGGAUUCAUUUGAUGAAAUUGGAGAAGAAUCAUACUCAAUCUAUAUUUUUUUUUUUCAUUACAUAAAGCCAAGUUCUAAAAUAAUUGUUAAUAAAAGACAUUAUCAAUGCUUUAAUGGUAUCAAGAGAC